AGGAAGGAGCAUCAGCAGCAGCAGGACACACAGAUCACGGAGCCUCCGCCGCCGCCUCUGAGCCGCUGCAGCCGGACACAGAAGCAGCAGACCGGCCGCAGACACGGAGCCAUGGCCGCUGAAGGCAACCCAUCCACGGCCUGCACCGGCUCCAGCCUCCUGCAGCCCGUCAGCGAGAUCACCAACCUCCCGCUGGACCAGGUAAAUUUUGUGGCGUGUCAGCUCUGCGCUUUGCUGUCAGCCUUCUGGUUUCGUCUCUUACUUCAUCCCAGUAAAACCAGUCCCUUCAUCAGACACGUGGUGGCGACUGUACUGGGGCUGUACUUCGCUCUCUUCUGCUUCGGCUGGUACGCCCUUCACUUCCUGGUUCAGAGUGGACUCACCUACGGCAUCAUGAUCCUGACCGGAGUCGAACACAUGCACAAGUACUGCCUCCUGGUGGCUCUCACAUACCUGAGUCUGUGUCAGAUCACCCGAGUCUACGUCUUCGACUACGGCAUGUACUCUGCUGACUUCACAGGCCCCAUGAUGGUGAUAACACAGAAGAUCACCAGCCUGGCGUUUGAAAUCCACGACGGAAUGGCCCGAAAAGAGGAACAUCUGACCCCGGGACAGAAGAUCCUGGCGAUACGGAGGAUGCCCAGCCUGCUGGAGUACUUCAGCUACAACUGUAACUUCAUGGGGAUCCUGGCCGGACCCACCUGCUCCUACAACGACUACAUCGCCUUCAUCGAGGGAGACCCCCGUCGCCACAGAGACCAGGAGGCCGACAGGAAGCACAGCGGCAAGCAGAGGCAGAGCGAGCCCUCGCCAAACAUGGAGGUAGUGCGUAAAGUGGCCACCUCCUUCUUCUGCCUCCUGGUCUUCCUGUCGGUGUGUAAAGUUUUCCCCGUGGAGCGAAACAUCGACGACGACUUCAUCGCCAACACGCCGUUCUACGGCCAGGUGGUCUACCUGUACCUGUCCAUGGUGACCACCAGGCCCAAGUACUACUUCGUCUGGACGCUCGCCGACGCCAUCAACAACGCCGCCGGCUUCGGCUUCAACGGCUACGACGAUGACGGCGCUCCUCGCUGGGAUCUCAUCUCCAACCUGAGGAUCCUCAACAUCGAGUUUGCCACCAGCUUCAAAGUUUUCCUCGACAACUGGAACAUUCAGACAGCACACUGGCUCAAAAGGGUGUGUUACGAGCGAUGUCCCUACCACCCGACAGCAGCCACCUUCAUCCUGUCGGCCAUGUGGCACGGAGCUUAUCCGGGCUACUACCUGACCUUCCUCACCGGCAUAGUCGUCACGCUGGCUGCUAGAGCGGUCCGACACAACGUUCGGCCGUACUUCCUGCAGUCACCCACCCACAAACUGGUCUAUGAUGUCAUCACGUGGGCGGCCACUCAGAUCGCCAUCUGCUACACAGUGGUGCCUUUUAUCCUGCUGUCUGCAGGUCCAUCCAUCAAGUUUUACAGGUCCUGGUACUGCUGCCUCCACAUCGGCUGCGUUCUGCUGGCCGUGGCGUUGCCGGUCAAACCGAGACACCUCCGCCUCAAAGACCAGCAGAAGAUCCUCCUCCAGGAGCCUACAGACAACAACUGCAGCCAGAAGGAGAAAACCACAUGAGACGGACGACAAAGAACAAUCCUGUACAACAUUUUAUUUCCAUCGACUUGUAUAGAAAGAGGAGGCGAACCAUAUCAAACGGACCUUCCUCCUGUCUGGGGUACAGAAACAUGAUGCUCACGACACAAGUUAAAAUACUGUAUUAUUUGGAUUCACAGGCCCUGAAUUUUGAAGGCCUGUGUUGUACUUGAUGAAGUGUUUUCCCUCAAAACUAUGUCUUUACAAGGAGGUACGACUGCCGGGAUAGCAUUCGGACUGAUAAACAACACAAGUGAACAUUUUUUGGGUCAGGUGGCAGGUUCAGAUGAACCUGCUAUGGUGGAGGAUAUAAAGAUAAAUAUAUAUAUAUAUAUAUGUAUAUAUAUAUAUAUAUAAGUACAUAUAUAUAUACUGUAACUUCAUAUGGAGCAGCUGCCUGGAAGUGUCAGGGCCACCUGUGUAGUGUUGAACUGAGUCAAUUUUCUGUCUGGUCAGAAACCUCCUGACUGUCCAUCUGCAGAAUUGAAUGAAUAAAGGGAGAAAUAAAUGAAAGGAUGAAUAGGGAAAUGACUGAACGUAUGAUUAAAUGAAUACAUGAACGAAAGAAAGCAUGUAAAAAGUCAAAGAGAAGCUGCGUGAAUAUGAGUGAGGUAAAAGAACGAAUAAGCAGGCCCGUGAGUUAGUGCAUUAAAAACAUGUAAACGAGUGAACUAAGAUGGUUAAAAUGAUCUUUUCUCCUCCACAUUCCUCCCAGACCGUGUUACAAUCUAUUAAACCAACUAUAUCACAGUAUUCAUACACAUGAGUUUGGAGAAAGUGCCAAUGAUUAAUUCCACUCAGUCGCCUUAGUUCUGUUUUUUUACAAGACGAAGAAGAAGAAGUGCUACUUUGCAGGAUCAGUAUCUUUCUGGAUGUGUGGGUGGUCAGGAGGACGUCGUGUUUACAUUUGUAGAUGUCAGUUAUUGUCAUGUUGUUAUUUAUGUAACUCCAAACUUAGUUGUGGUUUGAUGUAAGAUGUGUGGAGAUUCAGCUUGAAGAAGAGGGAAACGCCUCACAACAGCUCAGAUUGGGUUUCCUUCCAUAUUAGCAUCACAUAACCACAGGAAGUGAACCCAGCAGUUUCACCCGUUAGCUCGUUCGGUUCAGCUAAUGUUUAGUUUAGAAGCUAAAACUGUUCAGGUUAGCUAAUGGUUCAGUUUAGGAGCAAAAAGGAAUCUGGUUUAGGUUAGCCAACGCCUGUAACAGCUGGUACAGUGAACUGAAAGGGGCUAUCUAGAUUGGUUCAGCUAAUGUUUUACUUUUGAAGCUAAAACAGUUUUGUUUAAGUUAGCUUACACAUCAGCGUGGAAACAAAAAAAAAAAGUCUGCGUUAGCUAACUGUAAAGUGUAGGCUAUAAGUUUAACUGACAAACCAGUUUAGCUAGUAAAGUACAGUUGCUACAGCAAAUGGUUCAGGCUAAAUGUUUGGGUCCGGUUAGCUAAAAGUUCAUUAAAGAAGCUAAACUAAUUAGUUAAUGUUAGCAAAUGAUUCACUUUAUCAGUUUUAACAGUUUAGUUAGUGAACGUUGGCACAGCUAAUGGUUCAGUUUAGAGGCUAAAAUGUUAGGUUCUGGUUAGCUAACAGCUCGAUGAGAAAGCACUCACACCAAAACAGUUAUUUUAGCGAAUGGGCAGUUUGGCAGGUAGAGUUUGCUUCGGAUUAGCUGACAUUACAUUGAAAAACUAAAUCAGUUGGUUCUGGUUUGCAAAUGAUUCACUUCGUCAGCUUUAACAGUUUGGUUAGCUAAUUAUUCAGGUUAGCGAACGGUUUAGCUAAAAAGAUUUGCUUGGGAAUGGCUAACAGCUCAGUGUAGAAGCUAAACCUGCAGCUACUGGCUCAGCUUAGCCACAACCAGUUGAUACAGGUUAGCUAUCAGGACAGCGCUGAACCCAGUUUAGCUAAUGGUCGAGCUUCCCUCUAGCUAUUAAAGUUUCUGUCAGUUUAGCUAAAGUUUUCUUCUGUGCCAGCUUCUUACUACAGUAAUACUACAGUAAUAUUUAAUUAAAAAAAGAACGCAUCAUGCAACGUUAGUACCAGGCACUGACUGUACGUACCAACACUGCAUGGUUCUGUAGCCCAGAGUACAUUAUCACUGUCUUUCCAAACUUUCCAUGAUCCCUCCUACCCAUCUCUUCUUGGUGACCUCUUGGUUUCUCCCCUCAAGGUUAAAGAGAAUUGGUUAGAAGAGACAAAAGGACAUCGUACCAUUUUGAUUCUUCAUUAGUUUCAAUCGCUAACUACUUAAUCUCUGUAAUUGUGUUUCCUUCGCAGAAAUCAUGAAAGGACAUUUCUUUAUUUUCCCGUCUGUUUUCCUGUUUCCACGUUUGUAUUUUGCCGUUAGUGUUAGUUCUUUCACGAGACCUGGACAAGGACGUGACUUUGCUGAUGAAUCGAGGCUACAGUAAUUAUUUGAGAUGAAACACAACGAUUAAUGUUCUCUCACCCAACCAGCCACCUAUCUGUAGGUUUGAUAUGGACGAUAUGUUUGUUUGUUUUUUGUAAAUGAUGUGAUUAAAACCUUGGAUUUUUUUGACACUUGA